GGUGGUGUCGCUGGGCAUCGCCGCGUUCUUCUGGUUCCAGCGCAGGAUCGAGGCCGCCAGGGUGAAGAAGGCCGCCGGGGGGCAGGGGUCGAGCGGCACGAACCCGCAGUCCAUGUCCUCGUCGCGCGGGGGGCCCGAGGCCUCGACUGCGGCGGCUGCUACUGAUCCCGGGGGCGGCGGUAGCGGUAGCGGUGCUGGUGGUGCCGGCACGCAGACACUGGAGAAGACGGGCGGCGGCGGCAGCGGCGGCAGCGGCGGUUGGCAGUCAACCUUGUCACGGCAGCAGCAGGAGACAUUUGGAACCAGCAGCCCGUUCGCGUCCCCCACGCGCAACCAACCCCCGGGGAUCACGGGCUAUUUCGACCAAGGCAUGGCAGACGGCCAACGUUCCGUCUCGCCACUGUCGCGCUCCUCAACGAUGGCCUACCCGACCGCCCCUUCCCACGGACUCCAGGCGAACGCGCUGGGGCUGUAUGCCGGGAACGAGGCGAGGACGCUUUCGAGCAUGGGGCUGCCCGAGAUAGUGGUGUCUUCGCCAGACGCCAGGAAGCACAAGGUGCUGAUGCUGCAGCAGCCGCCUGUCCGGCGAGAUGCCGCUCAGGCUCAAGCUCCGGGUGUGCAGCAGCAGCAGCAGCAGCAGCAGGACCAGCAGGAAGAGCUUAUACAGCAGCAACUGCAUCAGCAAAUACAACAGCAACUCCAGCCGCAGCCGCAGCCGCAAUCUCAACCAUAUUCGCAGGACCGAGAGCAAGGGUGGCAGCAAGAACAGCGACAUGGAGCGCAAGAAGAGCGACGGACGGCAGGCGUGGCUAUGGGAGCUCCAGAAACAAGCCAGCGAUUCGUCGCGAACGGCCUGAGCAGCGAAGACCUGGCGGCUCCUCGACCGAUCAAGCCGAUUGUCUUCAAUCCACCUCACGGCUGGACGCCCCAUGUCAGCGACCUUGAGGCCGCUACGGCGACACAGGCCAGAACUGGGCUCUCUCCAGAACUAGAAGCGGAGGAGACGUACUCGGAUGGGUAUGGACACGACGUUGGAUACGCUUAUGGAUAUGGAGACGAUGCCGUUUACGAGCACGAGCAGCAGCAGCAGCAGCAGUAUGUGGGAAACGACUUGUAUCUGCACGAACAGUUCGUGGUAGACGGCACGGGCCCGUCCUACGGAUACGAGAACGGUGCUAUUCAGUUCCACGAGCACGAGGGAGACAGUGCAUACCGACAGCAGCAACACUGGCACCACAGCCCGGAGCCGUACGAGCGGGACGAGCUAGACAGUGCACUCGCGCACGACGAAUCCGAGCUGGGAGAGGAGGGUCGGGGGCAGGGGCAGGACGAUAACGACAACGACAACGACAACGGCAAUGGUGACGACAACAGCGACGGCGACGACGACGACGGCCUGAGCUGGGACUGGGCGGCAGGCUCAACGAGCACGUGGCCCCUGCCGCCAAGGCACGGCGGCGGCCACGACGCGGCCGAGGACAGCGACGACCACGACGACCACGACGACGAGGCGUACAGGAGGUCGCUGGGCCUGCCGGAGCAGAUGACGGACGCGGCCUCCCGGGUCCGAGGCGAGGACGACAGCCAGAACGGCGACGACGACGACGGGGACUCGGAGUCCAGGUACUCGUCGGAGACGGGCGGGAGCGAGAGCGUGGGGAUAUGCGAAAUUGCUUACCACAACUUGUAGAUGGAGAGGGCAGUGGGGAGCAAAAAAAAAAAGGCAAGGGUCGAUACGAUACGAACAGAGACUUCUGAUGGUUGGCUGCGGCGUGAUCUGCAAGCCCCCCCCCCGGACCCGUUAUAUCCGCCUGCCUACCUACCCAGGCAAUGCAGGCUGUUCCGUGUGCGUAACGCAUGCAAAUAGCCUGGGGCAGGGCGGGGAGGGGAAAGGCACGCAUGCGCGCGAGCGCGGCGAUAAUAGCCAAAUGGCGGGAAGGGGGCCCUAUCAAGACGUGGCAAGCAGCCUCCCUCCCCCAGCCUGCUUGCUCCAAGGCCGGUGAGGAAGAGGAGGUCAUCGGCACAGCAGCCAGCGCCAAGGCCCGGCGCACUACCACCACCCCUUCACCGGCAGGGCCACUGAUUGGUUGGUGACACCGGGUGGGAAGGGGAGGGAAGACGGCAUUGAGCUUCGCGGCCGACAGGGGGGGAGAGAGGAACGGGAAAAGCGGGCAGGCCACGGCCGGGGCGGGCGGGGGGUGGGCAGCAGCAGGAGCAUGUCGACCCCUGGCGGCGACCGUUGAGGAGGACGGUGUGACGGAGAGAGAGUGUGUGUAGCCGGAGAUCUCAACGAUAGCGAGCAAAGAAUGUGAUGUUGCAAAAAGG